AUGUCAUCGUACACACAACCACCAGCAGGAGCAGGAGUACCGGCAAUGUCGUUUCCAGCACCCAUCAUGAGGGCGAACGCCCUGUCCUCUCUCCACCCUCCCCCAGAAACUCCCAAGCGACACAGCCUCACAGUUUCAGUCUCAGAUAUUUCCGAGGUUGUGGACGGUAGCGGAAGAUUCAUAGCAGAUGCGGCCCGUGAGACGCUGAUAAAUGCAGCUCGAGACGGUGACGAGAGUUUAGUCAAGAAACUCCUCGAGUCAGGAACAAAUGUCAACGCCGCGGAAAUAUCCGGGAAGACCGCUUUACAGGCGGCAGCGGAGAGCGGCCACGAGGGUAUGGUGGUGCUACUGUUGAAUGCUGGGGCGUCUUUGGUUACACCUGCUGCUGAGUACUCUGGGAGGACGGCAUUGCAGGCUGCGGCGGAGAGGGGAUAUGGUGGGAUUGUGAAAAGGCUUCUAAGCGCUGGGGCGAAAAUCGAUGCUCCCCCAACUGGAGAUUUUGGUAGAACUGCUCUACAAGCAGCAGCGGGAAGCGGUCACAUGGAUGUAGUCGAAAUCCUUCUAAGUUGCGGCGCAAACGUUAAUGCUCCACCAUCCAAAUCGUCCGGGAGGACAGCUUUGCAAGCUGCAGCGGAGGGCGGGCAUGACGAUGUGGUGCUGAUGCUUCUCAGGGCCGAGGCGUACGUCGAUGCAUACCCAUCGAAUUUCCAUGGUAGAACAGCGUUACAGGCUGCAGCUGGGGCAGGGUAUGAAAACAUUAUCGAGAUCUUACUGGAAUCUGGCGCGAGCAUCGAUGCCCCACCUUCAGAGUUUUCUGGAAGAACUGCGCUGCAGGCUGCAGCGGGGGAGGGGAGAGAAAAUAUAGUUUCUCUGCUUUUAAGAUAUCAGGCAAAUAUAAAUGCGCCGCCGGCAAACUCUUCCGGGAGGACUGCGCUACAGGCUGCGGCAGAGGCCGGCCAUGAGAGAAUCGUGAAAAUGUUGAUCGACGCCGGGGCAGACACGGAUGCUCCAACAUCAGAAUUUUCCGGAAAAACGGCACUGCAGGCUGCAGCGGGAGGUGGCCAUGAGGAAAUUGUAAGGCUCAUCCUAGAAGCAGAGAUUUCUACGGGAGCGGCGAAAACGGAAUCGUAUGGAGCGGAAGCACUGGAGGCUGCUGUAAAUGCUGGACAAAUGAAGAUUGUGAGGAUGCUACUGGACGCUGGUGUGAAUAUAAACACUAGAAACUCCAUGGGAAGAACGUGCCUGUUCUCAUUGAACAUGAGUAGUGAGAUGUUGCAGGAGCUGGUGAAACUAGGCGCUUUUAUCGACCAUGCGGAUUAUGAUGGAAUGACACCGCUACAUUAUGCUGCUGAGAAUGGGUGCAAGGAACUUCUUAUCAGUCUGCUAGAUGCAGGCGCCGAUAUGGAGAUUGAAGAUAACAGAACUCGAAGGCCAUUACAUUUGGCGCUGGAGAAGAAGUAUGAGGAGUUGGUGAAGGUGAUGCUUGGCAGGGGUGACAAUAUUCGGGAAUCCCGUGUAAAGAGUUGGCGAGCAGUAUUGAAUGCAGGUGAAACCGACAUCAUUAUGAUAAGCGAGGGUUCGUCCGGUGCGAACGAUAUCAAGAAGGUUGACAUCGAUAAUGCGAAAAUUGGGAUCGAGACAGAUGAUUUGUUACCAUUGAAACAAUUUUAUAAUGCAAAUGGGCUCAAAUGGGAUGAUGCAAAAUGUAAAAGACUCGUUGAUCCCUGGAACUUCAUGUCGAAAUAUUUGGCUUUACAUGGUAAUGUUCGCCCAGAAACCAGCGGUGCCAAUGUGCAAUGGAUAUGGGCGCUGGUGAACCCAAGAAAAGACUUACACGGCCCUACACGGAACUAUGGUCUUGGGAUCCCAAACAUUGGAAAUAUCGCAACAACUGCCCAUACCAAAGCAAUAUUGGUCUGCUAUGUUGCAUUUGACUUCUUUGUUCACAUCCCUCCAGAAGAGGCACAACUUGAGCCUGAUGAAACCCCACAGGAAUCGUGCUUCCAUACUGAGAUCCAGAAAACACAGAUCUCAUGGGUCAUGCGAAAAGCUGGAUCUGGGGACCAGCAGAUUUUCCGCUCCAUGAAUUACAGGAGUACUUUGGAGUAUGGCUGUGUGCCGAGGCAUGGGGUUGAUUUCUUUACUCUGUUCAUUGAAGAUCUACACCAUAAGUGGCUGGAUAUCUUUCAUAAAGCCGAAGAACACCUCAAACAAAGCCGAAAAAACCUCUUGCUCAAAGAGGGGCAAACCACUAGUCUUAUACGAACAUUUUUAAGAGAUGCACAACUAUGGUCGGAUUUCAGAACAUUAUAUAAGCAGCACGUGAAGGAGGCCAGAGCUUUGGUGAAAGAUUUCCGCGAGAAGCGACUGCUUUAUGAUGAAGUCAACCACUUCGAAGACAAAGCAACAUUAGCCGAGGAAUGCCCCGAGGACAGUACAGAGAGCGAAGCGUCAUCAAUCAUUUUUUCCGACUGCCCCGAGCGCGAUAAAAAGAAGAAGAAGAAGGAGAAGAAGAAGGACAAAAAGGGGAAAGUAUCCAAAGCGAAAAGGGAUAAAAUAUAUCUCGAGACGAAACAUUUGGAUGAAUUGAUAGAAGCUAUGAAGAAGGACUGCAGAGAAAAUAUAAGAAAAUUGGAGAAAAGGACGAAGGACAUGAUUGAACUCGAAUUUAACUUGGUUUCUAUUUUCGAAGCACGGAUAUCAACCACAACUGCCCAGAGCAUGAAACGUCUCACCUGGAUCACUUUUAUUUUUCUACCAUUGCUUUUCGUAGCUAGUUUGUUCGGUAUGAACUUGGAUAUAUUGGAAACUGGUCCGGUCAAGUGGUGGUGGUAUGUGGUUUUAAGUUUCUCACUAUUCGUAAUGGUCCUCGCCGGAUGGGCUAUCUUCAAAUAUUCUAGCCUUCCCCAUAGCUCCACGUUUAAGAUGUCUCAAUAUUCUCGCCUCGAUACCGAAGAUGACCCACAGUCACUCAGUACUCAGCCUUUGAUAGCGAACCCAGAUGUUCUUUCCGAUCCCACAGAAAACGCGGACAACCCCGAAGACGGAGCUAUCACAGGCUGGAUAUGGCUCCUCACCUUGACAGCUGGCAUAAGUGGUCUGCUGUUCGGCUAUGAUACAGCUUCCAUCUCGGCUGCAUUACUACACCUUGGCCCGUCGCUCUCCACGCCGGAGAAGCCUGUAACAACGUGGGAUAAGUCGCUGAUAACGUCCUCCACAUCACUCGGUGCGUUGGUAGGCGGUUUGUUUGCUGGAUUGCUGGCAGAUCGCAUUGGGCGGAGAGGGGUCAUCUGGGUUGCAGAUGUCCUGUUUAUUCUUGGUGCCAUAUGGCAGGCUCUCGCCGGGAGUGUGGGCAGCAUGGUAAUAGGUCGUGCUGUGGUGGGCUUGGGUGUUGGUGUUGGAAGUCUGAUUGUGCCGCUAUACAUCUCCGAGCUAUCCCCUCCAUCACACCGAGGUCGCCUGGUCGUAAUUAAUGUUUUGUUUAUCACAUUCGGCCAGCUAAUUGCUUAUGCUGUUGGUCUCAUCCUUUCUCCACCAACCCUCUCUCAAGACCUUAGCUGGAGAUUUAUGCUUGGACUCGGUGGUGUCCCUGCCUGCUUCCAGUUCGUGUUUAUGUUUUUCAUGCCAGAGACGCCGCGAUGGCUAGUACAGCACUCUCGUCGCGAUGAAGCUGCAAGAGUUGUACGGAAGAUCUAUGGCGACCUCUCUGAAACAUCAGUCGAGAAAGUCCUUGGUAGUAUCGAACAGGGUAUAGAGACUGUGUCAAAAGAUCCCUUCAUGGCCAAGCUCAGAGCGAUCUUUGCAGUUGGGAGCAAUCGGCGUGCUCUAGCAAUAAGUUGCUUGCUUCAGGGCCUCCAACAGGCCUGCGGGUUCAAUUCUCUCAUGUACUACUCGGCCACUAUAUUUUCCCUAGUGGGGUUCAAGAACCCUACCGCUACUGCAAUGGUCGUUGCUGGAACAAAUCUGGUUUUUACCGCGUUGGCCUUCACAUUGAUUGACCGGAUCGGGAGGAGAAGGAUCCUACUUUGGUCGAUCCCGGGUAUGAUAGUGGGGCUAUUAUUGUGUGCGAUAGCUUUCCACCAUCUGCCAAUUCUGACCACCACUGCUCUUUCAGAGCCUUCGCCUUCCAUAUGGACCCCACUGCUUAUCAUAUUUAUGAUGGCAUAUGUAGCAGCCUAUGCGAUCGGUGUCGGUGCCAUCCCGUGGAUCGUACAGUCCGAGUUCUUCCCUAUGCGUGUUAGAGGACUCGGAACGGGAAUGGCUACAGCUACAAAUUGGGUGCUCAACUUUGUCGUUGGGGCGACCUUCCUUCCUGCUGUAGAAUGGAUGUGGGGCGGAGCUGAGGGGCUGUUUGUCGUUUAUGCGCUGGUGUGCGGGGGUGGGUUGCUGGCGGUUUAUAGGAUUUAUCCUGAGACGAGAGGUCUUAGGAUGGAGGAGAUUGAGAGUGUGCUGAGGAACGGAUGGGGAGUGAAUAGAGGAACAAAGAGGGGGGCAGCAGAAGACGAUAUUUGA